AUGGAGGAACUUGUGCUCCAGGAUUACGACACAAACCAUACUAACCGUGGAACGGCAGUGGUCAUUCUUGAUAAAAACAAUCGGAGAGGGUGUGAACGGGACCUAGCAGCUGUGAAGCAUGUUCUCAAAGAAUUGAAAUUUGCGCUGCGGAUAUGCAUUGAUUAUACAAUAGAGAAGGUGAGAGCGCUACUGAAAGAGGUUGCCACUGAGGACCAUACUAACAGUGACUGUCUGCUGGUAGUGGCUAUGGGUCAUGGAGGAAACGGCAAGCUCAAAAUCAAAAAUGACGAUCUUCACAUCGAGGAAUUGUGGGAAUCAUUUAUUGGCAACAAAUGCCCAUCGUUGAUUGGAAAGCCAAAGCUCGUUUUCAUUCAAUCCUGCCGAGGAGAUAAACAUGACACUGGAGCUCGACUCAUGCAAACAGAUGCCGCACCGAGUGAGAACCAAGCUGUGAAUGUAUCCGUACCUAUAUACGCCGAUCUUCUGGUGAUGUACUCGUGUUACGAAAAUUACGUGUCGUACCGCUGCGAGAUAGAAGGUUCCUGGUUCAUACAGUCCCUAUGCAAAGUGUUAGGAAGCGAUAUUGCCAAAACUGAGUUACACUCGUUGCUAACGCAUGUGGCGUAUCUUGUGAUGAUUCGUACGGGAAAUUCGAUGAAAGGAGGUUUGAAACAAAUGCCCGCGAUUCAUUCAAUGUUGUCUAAACGAUUCUACUUUGUGUCCAAGUAG